CGUAGGAAGGGAGGAGCCUAAUUUUGCAAAUGAACAGAAAGCCUUUUUCUGUCUCCUUUUGGAUCUCAUUUGUCUCCUCUCCUUUAACCUGAAACAUUUACCUACGAGUCAAAGAAAUAUCAUAGCAUAGAAAGACAGGAAGGGUUUUGUUUUAAAGAAUUUCGGGAGAUCCCAGGUUUCUUUUGGACCCACAAUGCAUUUCGCAACCACAUUUGGAUUGGAUCAAACCUCGGCAAAUCCCCGCCUUCGAUAAAGCUUGCACGGUGUUUUGUACUUUCAGGAAAAUCUUUCCCAAAUGGAGAAGAGCCAAGAUUUCACCCUUUGUGGGAAAGAAGUUGUGACCGAAGCUUGUCUGAGAGACGAUUACUACUGGAAGCUUAUUGGAGACUUCAUUGGCCCUCAGUCUGGAGAGGAAUUGAAGCUUGAGAAAACAUCAUGCAAAUACAGACUUCUUAUUCAAGUUGGACUUUUAAGAGAAGACAAUAAUUUUCCCUGGAUUGCCAUCAUAGAGUGGCUCAAGAAAAUCUUCCCCAGGCAUCAGUCCGCUGACUUUCGGCGACUGAUCGAAAGGGGCAUCGCGACGACUCUGAGUCUGGAAAGCGAGGCACGGCUGACCUUUCUCCAGUCAUACGUCAACUUUAGCUUUGUCGGCCCAAUAUGUGACAGCAUUGGUGUAGAGAGGGAAGACCUCCUGGAUCUCACUAAUUUCUCAGAGCGAGCACAGUCGAUAGAAGUCACAAAUGCACUGAUACUAGAGCUGAGUGACUUUAUCACCCGGGAGAAGCUUUCUCCAAUUGUCAUUGUUACUUGGCUGAGAAACUUCAACCCAGAGUUCUGUAAGGACGGGGACAUUCAGAAGGCGUAUAAAGCCCUGAAGGUUAAGAUAAAGAAGAUCCGGAUGUUUUGUAACAAUCAUGAAACGAGAAGUCACAGACGAAACAUUCCAAUGGAAAAUCUGCUUCAAAGCCCGUUUGAACUGGUUAAGAAGAAAAUACCGAGGACUAUUCUGAAGAAGCGUAUUAAAAGAAAUGAGGUUUAUGAAAAAGUUACUGUCAAGGAGGAGUAUGAUAGCUGGGAAAGAAUGAACUUUGGGGACACAAUGCAGAGGAAUAAUUAUGAUGCCGGCGACACAAGUGAAGGGGAUUCAGACGAGUGCAACGGCAGAGAUGGGAAUUCAGACAACAGAGGGGAGUCCCUGACUCUGUUGGAUAUAGCCAUGCUGUCUGUUCAGAAGCUUUCUAGUGUGUAUGGUGGGAAAACUGCAGCAUGCAAGCAGGUUUCCUUGGAUUUGCUAAAAAAUCAGUAUGCCCUAACAAGCAAGGAGCACCCUGCCAUGGUGGAGUUUGAGAAGAACCUUGAUGCAUUGCCUGAAGAUGUUAAGCUUGUACGGCCGGUGGAGUUUUUAAACUACAAUGCCCAUUUCCUUGUUGAUCUACAUGAUGCAGUGGAGCAACACAUAAUGGGCUUUGAGAAAGAGAUUGUUCAGUCUUCAGGGGAAAAACUGGGCAGAGAUAAGCUUCCGAAAUUCAGGUACUUUGUGAAUUUGCCAGAAAGUGCUACUUUCCGCUUCAUUCACAUGGCCUGUGAUGUCUUGAGUCCACGCACACCUGAAGUGCAGAACUACAGAAAACACUGGGUGGCUUUCUGUGAGGAAAAGAAAAACCCCUCAAAACUUGCGGUGAACCAGUCUAAUAGAUUCAACAACUACUUUGAAGCGGCUGCAGGUCUUAUUCACCACCACAAAGAGAUCGCUCUCUUCUUUUCUGACUUGCUCUUGAUGAACAACGACAAAUGUCCCAACAUUAUUCUAGAGAGCGUUGCGGCAGAUGCGAGUGACUCCGUGAUCCAGAGUUUUGUCUGUGUUCUAGCCAUAGUUUACUGUAAAAUCCUUGGCCCUUACUGGCAGCUUCUGAAGAGUGGAGCAGAAUAUUCUCUGUUCAGUCAGUACCUGGUUUGCUUCUAUCAAAAGUUCCUGGACUGGUCCAAAGAUCCUUCAACUCUGCUGGAACCAGAGGAGGGCGCAAAUGUGUUUCUGCAGUUCCCUUUGCAAGAGAAAACCUUCAAAGGUGUGUUUGAGUACUGUGGCCAGUGGCACACCAACAGAGAUCUCAUUAGAGCCUGUCUGAAGAGAACCAUAAAGGUAAUCGCUGCUGUCACUGAGGAACAUCUGAAGAAGUUUCUUCCUGGAGGAAGCUUUUCACAGAUACCUUCAGCUGAAGUGAACUUGCAGCUGGUGAGCUGCACAUUCUCCGUCUUGAUGGCGGAGUAUCCUUUUGGUCAUGCGUAUCCUUACAAAAAGGAAAGACCUGACAAGUUGUCCAAGGGCUCUUUGGUGAAGAACAUGUCUGGUAGCUCUCGGGAGGAUGGCGAGUCAUCUGGCAGCACCUCUGAUGAAUCAUCAAACUUUCAAUAUAGAAAGAGUUCCCAAAAGCAGGACCAGAGCCCACAGAUGAAGAAGGUUAAAAAAGCCCAGCCAGAGGAGCAUGAAGAGAUAAUGGACAGGGAUUACAUCAUAGAAACAGUGGCCAAAAACGGAGGGCCGUGUAAAACACAACCGGAUGUGGACAAGUUGAUGCUACGCUUCGAUGGAAAGUCCCGGCAGGAAAAGCGGGAGGGGCUCCGCUGUGAGAUUCUGUACCAGCAAAUGGUCCUAAACAACCAAAAUCCACACCUGGAGAAGCCGUACAUCAACAGCACCCAAAUGAUGCUGAAGUUGAAGUUUGCCCUCCCUCGUGUGAAACCGAGCUUCUCCGUGGUGUUGGAACCUAGAAAGACUAGAGUAAGAGCCAAAGUCCAGAUUGUUCCAGAAGCUAUAGUUCCUCCAACUGAAUAAGACGGCGUGUUGUAGCUUGUUGGAAAAAUGAUGUUUUGGGACUUCACAUUGAGAGAAAUUCGCUGUGACUUCAGCCUGUCUGCCUGCAAAUAUUAUGUAUUUACUUUAAUGCCACUGCAGUAAAAUUAUUGCUGUUUUGGAGUUUUUAUUAUGGCAUAUAUUUGACAUUUUGUUGUAUACUACAUGGUUUACCAACAUCAAUGUAACACUAAGCUUCUUUGUCUAAUGCUGUCAGAUGUUUGACUUGUGUUUUCUAUUAUAUAUGGUUGUAUAACUUGUAUUGAUAUCAUGAAACUAUAGAUUGUACAUGGUUUUCUCUAAAACUACAAAAUGUCAAAGGUCAUUGCAAGUAAAAUGUUGAAACUA